AUGACAGGAUAUAAUAAAGACGUAUAUAAUUCGCUAUUAUUUGAAAUUGCUUGGGAAGUAGCUAACAAAGUUGGCGGUAUUUAUACAGUCAUUAAAACUAAAGUACCUGUUACUGUACGCGAAUUUGGAGAUAGAUAUUGUUUGAUUGGACCUUUGUCAUACAAUACUGCUCCUAUGGAGGUAGAAGCUCUCGAGCCACCUUCUGGGAUUAUGCGGGAAACCUUGGAAUCUAUGUCAUCUCAUGGUAUACGCUUCCUUUUCGGAAGAUGGCUAGUGGAGGGUGCUCCUUAUGUAUUACUUUUUGAUACUGGAAGUAUGAGCCAUAAAUUAGACGAGUGGAAGGGUGAUCUUUGGCGCAUUGCCGGUAUUCCUAGUCCUCCUCAUGAUCAAGAAACAAAUGAAGCUGUCUUGUUUGGUUAUAUUGUUUCUUGGUUCUUUGAUGAAAUUUCUAAAAAGUACAAUAAUCAAUUAAAUGAAAAAGUAUCUAGUCCUGCUAUUAUUGCUCACUUCCAUGAAUGGCUAGCUGGUGUUGCUAUUCCAUUGAUCAAGAAGCGUAAGAUAGAUGUUACUACUAUCUUUACAACGCACGCUACUUUACUAGGUCGCUAUCUAUGUGCAGGCUCGGUCGAUUUUUAUAAUAAUUUAAGUCAUUUUGAUGUUGAUCAAGAGGCCGGUAAACGAGGCAUUUAUCAUCGUUACUGUAUUGAAAGAGGUGCAGCCCAUUGUGCUGAUGUAUUCACUACUGUAUCACAUAUUACUGCUUAUGAAAGUGAACAUCUUCUUAAGCGUAAACCAGAUGGUGUACUACCUAAUGGCUUAAACGUUGUUAAAUUUCAGGCUGUGCAUGAGUUUCAGAACAAACAUUCUCUAAAUAAAGAAAAAAUCCAUGACUUUGUUCGAGGACAUUUCUAUGGUCAUUAUAAUUUUGAUUUGAGCAAUACAGUUUACUUUUUCAUCGCAGGUCGUUAUGAAUAUCGUAAUAAAGGUGUAGACAUGUUUGUAGAAUCUCUAAGUCGUUUAAACGAUCGCUUAAAAGCGGCCAAGUCAAAUACUACUGUUGUUGCUUUUAUCAUUAUGCCUUCUGCUACACGGUCUUUUAAUGUAGAAGCACUCAAGGGGCAAGCAGUGACAAAACAACUCAGAGAAACUGUAGAUGAAAUUCAAAGUCGUAUCGGCAAACGAAUUUAUGAAAGCGCUCUUCGAGGAGAAGAAUUAGAUCCAAAGGAGUUCUUACAUGGUGAAGAUAAAGUUCUUUUGAAACGACGUAUAUUCGCUUUAAAGAACAGUACUUUACCCUCUAUUGUGACACAUAAUAUGGCAGACGAUGGCAAGGAUCCAAUCCUUAAUCAACUAAGACGUCUACAACUUUAUAACAAGGUAGAUGAUCGGGUGAAAGUUAUUUUUCAUCCAGAGUUUCUGAAUGCCAAUAAUCCAUUGUUAGGUCUUGAUUAUGAAGAUUUUGUUCGUGGUUGUCAUUUAGGUGUUUUCCCCUCCUAUUAUGAACCCUGGGGAUAUACACCUGCUGAAUGUACAGUCAUGGGUGUACCUUCUAUUACAACCAAUCUAUCUGGAUUUGGAUGUUUCAUGGAUGAGAAUAUCGAGAAUUGUGAGGAUUAUGGUAUUUAUAUCGUAGAUCGUAGAAUGAAAUCCAUAGAAGAAUCUAUUCAACAAUUAUGUGAGCAAAUGUUUAGGUUUUGUCAAAAGACACGUCGUCAACGUAUAAAUCAACGUAAUCGUACAGAAAGGUUAUCAGAUCUAUUAGACUGGAAGCGAAUGGGAUUAGAAUACAUUAAAGCGCGUCAGUUAGCCUUGCGUCGUGUUUAUCCUGAAUCCUUUAUAGAUGAUGAUGAUAUUCAUACUUUAGAUUUGUUAAAUUCGACUUCUCUUAUUAAAAAGAUUCCAAAGCCUCUUUCUGCUCCAGCAAGCCCACGUAUUCGUAAUUUAAUGAAUGGUUAUUUUAAAAAUGAAGAUGAGGAAGAAGAGGAAGAAGAGGACAGAUACAUAUCGAUGGUACCAAAGAAGGAAUUUCCUGCUCUUCAUAAACGUGGUGAGAAUACAGCAUCUCAUGAAGAAGAAUUAUUAAGAGAAGGUGAUAUUAUGACGUUAAAUAAGCUUACAUUGGAAGGAAAACAGCAAAUACAUCAUCAAUAA